AUGCUACUUCAACAGCAUGCCAUUUGUGUAACGAUUAUUGUCUGCCCCAUUUUGUUCACCCGAAGCGAUCAAAGUGAAGAGUAUAGAGAAGUGUCCAACCGACGACUCACGGAUCAGAUCGCUGAAAAAGCCAAGCAGACUGUUGUUGACAUCGGUGAAGUAAUGAAAUCACAGCAAUCAGUUUUGGAAUGCGAUGGCAAAAAGUGCCCAAACAACAAUAUAUUCAUAUUUUACCAAUGUUGUAAAGACAAUUCUAAAGAAUGUUGUUGGCACAUUCGAUACUGGCUCACCAUUGUAUUAAUACUCUUUCUGCUUAAAAUGUUGUGGUCCGGUUUGGUAUGGUGCAUACGUAGGUCGUGUCGUGAUUGA